AUGAGCUUUUUGGCUAAACUCUCUAAAUUGAAGAAAACUGCAUCUGCAACUACUAAGAGCGAACAAUCAACAAAUAGCAAAGACAAGAGCAAUCUAUUGUUGAAUGAUGAUUCAACAUUGCUACCGAAACAUUACAUUAGAGAAGAAGACCCUGCUAUAAGAAGAUUAAAGGAAAAGAGAAGACAAGAUCAAAUCAAACGUGGGAGUUUGGGUACCCCAAGGUCAGGUUCACGGAAAAGGUUAAAGACCCCAGGAGCAAGUCGUUCUAACAAGGGGGAAUUAAGCGAAGAAGAUGAUAAAGUGUCUUUUACAACCAAAUGGAAACUUCCAAAUCCAAGUAAAGUCUCUAAGCCCAGUGUACCUAAGGGUCCUCUGAAGAAAUUAAGUUUCGACGACUUGAUGAAACAAGCUGAGGAGAAGGCUAAAUCUUCGAAACCUGAACCAGAUGUUGCAACACAAUCUUCUCGGACGACGACCACUAAACUUACCAAACGGGGGUUUAAAGAUAAGACCAGGCAUACACCAAAAGCCUUAGUUAAAGGAUUCACCGGGGGCUCGCCUGUAAAAAAGAAACCAAUUGAAAAACCAGUCAAGAUAAGAGUUCCCUCAUCGAAUGGUAUAGCUAAACCCAAUGAGAAACUUCGUAAAAUGUUGGAAAAGCGGAAUAUUAAACGCCAAACUACUGAGUUCGAAGGUAAUGGAUCUGAUUUAGAGGACUUCAUUGAUGAUGAAGAGGAUGAAGUGGACUCCCAAGAUGGUUAUGGAUACAACAAGGACGAGAUUUGGUCUAUUUUCAAUAAAGGGCGCAAGAGACGUUACAGUGAUGACUACAACGACUAUGAUGAUGAUAUGGAGGCAAAUGAAAUGGAGAUUUUAGAAGAAGAAGAUUAUUCAUCUAAAGUGGCGAAGAGAGAGGAUAAAAUGGAGGAGGAAUGGAUGCGAAAGCACGAAGAAGAAAAGAAAAAAAAGUGGACAAGAGCAUAA